GGGGCGAGCCUCAGCUGCUGCUUAGUGGGGGGAGGGGUACAGCCCCAGCCAAAGCUCCAGCCCCCGCACGGCCCGGAAGAGUGCAAGCAAGCCAAAGCCAUGAGCAGCCAAUACCAAGAGGAGAACUGCUCCGAGAGGCCCGAAUGCAAAAGUAAAUCGCCAACUUUGCUCUCCUCCUAUUGCAUCGACAGCAUCCUGGGCAGGAGGAGCCCUUGCAAGAUGAGGCUGCUAGGAGCAGCUCCCAGUCUGCCGCCUCUGGCCAACCGGACGGAGCCGGACAAGGCUGGGCAAGGGAGAAUUGAAGAGAAUUCGGUUUUUUCUAAAUCACUUUCUCUCCGGCCUGGAGUUCCAGAUUUGGCUUCAAAGGCGGGUCUGUCUUGCUACCUCCAGAGAAAUGUGGAAAUUAAUUUGACAGAACCCGACAGGUGUCAGAUACCAGCUGGAGGAAAGGGAACCCCUUUAAAGUUAGUAUUUGAAGCGCGGGCCGAGGCAAGCGCCUCGUCGUGGGACUCUCUCAAGAUCAGCCAAGCGCCACAGGUCAGCAUCAGCCGAAGCAAGUCCUACCGGGAGAACGCGCCCUUUGCGCGAACUGCUGCUGCGCUCGACGACCUGAGCAGUCCUGGAGGUGGCAGCGGCCCCGACAGUAGGCCGGGCCGGGAGGAGGAACUGCUGGAUGAGGAUGAGGAGGACGAGGACGAGGAGGAAGAGGAGGAAGAGGAGGCCGAGGAGCUGGAUGAGGAGCUGGAUGAGGACGACGAACUGCUGGCCGAGGCCAAAGACGCCCGCCGGAGCGCGGGGGCCGCGGGUGGGGCUGGCGUGGGGCCUGCAGCGGUGGGAGGCGAGGGUGCCGGCGGCUCGCCCAAGGAGGAGCUGUUGCUCCCUACCGACGAGCUGGCCGACGGCAAGGACGGCGAGGACAGCGUGUGCCUGUCCGCGGGCAGUGAUUCCGAGGAGGGGCUGCUCAAGAGGAAGCAACGCCGUUACCGCACCACCUUCACCAGCUACCAGCUGGAGGAGCUCGAGAGGGCCUUCCAGAAGACACACUACCCAGAUGUCUUCACCAGGGAAGAGCUGGCGAUGCGCCUGGAUCUGACAGAAGCCAGAGUGCAGGUCUGGUUCCAGAACCGGAGAGCCAAAUGGCGGAAGAGGGAAAAGGCCGGCGCUCAGAGCCACCCACCCGGCCUGCCUUUCCCUGGCCCGCUGUCGGCAUCUCACCCGCUCAGUCCCUACCUUGAUGCUAGUCCUUUCCCUCCUCACCACCCAGCUCUCGACUCCGCCUGGACGGCCGCCGCCGCCGCCGCUGCCGCCGCCGCCGCCUUUCCCAGCCUCCCGCCUCCACCUCCGGGCUCUGCAGCCUUGCCCCCCAGCAGCACCCCGCUAGGCCUCAGCACUUUCCUGGGAGCGGCUGUAUUUCGGCACCCGGCCUUCAUCAGCCCCGCUUUUGGCAGGCUCUUUUCCACCAUGGCCCCGCUGACUAGCGCUUCCACUGCAGCCGCCCUGCUGCGACAGCCAGCCCCUGCCGUGGACAACGCCGUGCAAUCGAGCGGCCUCUCUGACCCGGCCACCGCGGCAGCGGACCGGCGCGCCUCCAGCAUUGCGGCGCUACGCCUGAAAGCCAAGGAGCACGCGGCGCAGCUCACGCAGCUCAACAUCCUCCCGGGGAACAGCGCGGGCAAAGAGGUGUGCUAAGUCGCUCCCAGGGGGUUGGUGGGCGAAUCGGCAGAGGCACGAAUCCAAGACCAAAACGGGAGGGAAGGCAGCGGACACACACUUUCUGGAGGGGGACAGGCGGCGGGGAGGCGCCACUUCUGCGGCUUCCCUUGGGCCAAUCCGCAGGAGCCAACCCCUCCUCGGCCGGCAGUUUUUUCCACGCUAGAUCGGCGACUUGGUCAGCAAUGCACCUGCCCGCGUUGCGGGAGGCUCGAGAGAAGACAGGCAGGUCGGUGAGGUUGUUAAGAAAAAGAAGGGCGGUGCAGGCCAGGCUGCGCUCUUCGCUUGGGCCGUGCUCACCAGCCCAGAAAAGGACCGUCAACCGCAGAUGCUUGCUGACAGGGCCAAGGCUGGGUCAAAGCCAAGUAGAGCACUUGGGGAGGGGUGGGUCUGGUCUCUUUGUCCACCGAUCACAUCAACCAAGGGUUUUAUAGUAAACCAAAGGGAAAUAUAACGCUAGCAUAUGGACUGUUUAAAAGUCACUAUACUGUGAUGCUCGAUACUGUACAUACCAUUGUUAUUAAAAAAAUACGAAAAAGAAAAAAUCCAGAGCUUUGUAUAUUUGAAAUGUUAUAUAAUAAUUGCACUCAGUGUAGUGUUUGUACAAGUUUGUCAUUUCUGUAGACUUUUUUUCUGUGUUGUAGAUAUUAUAGGGGCCCUAGACAAAUAUUUAUGUACAAACUCUUUAACUUAUUAAUUGUAGAGUUUCCCAAAACCCCGAGGGAGAGAAUGCCAGCAAGCCAGAGAAAGG